UUGAUCAGUUCAAUUCUAACUUUGUAACUAGUACCUCACUCGCAAUGAGGGAAUUCAAAAUGUAUAUUUGCAUUAUUUUCAUUUGUAUUGCAAAUUCCUUAGCUGCAAAUGUAAGGGUAGAUCCACUUGUGGAUACUAAACUUGGACUUAUUCGGGGUUUAAGGGCUGAUGAUGGAGAUUAUUCCAUGUUUUUGGGUAUACCAUAUGCCACAGUGAGACAUGAUAAUCCUUUUGCGGACGCUCUCCCACAUGAACCGUUUGGUGACGUUUUCGAAGCUUACAAUGACUCUGCAGUUUGUCCACAAGCUGAAAGGUUGGCUGACGGAAUUGUGGGAACAUUGGACUGCCUUCGUUUGAAUAUUUUCGUCCCAAAUUCUGCAAACUCACAUAAUCGUGUACCAGUCUUGUUUUAUAUACACGGAGGAGCAUUCAGUGGUGGCUCCUCUCAACGUGCCGAAUUUGGACCUAAAUAUCUUGUUAGACAUGACAUUAUUCUAAUAACGAUUAACUAUCGUCUUGGACCAUACGGAUUUAUGUGUCUUGAUAACCCCGAAGUGACCGGAAACCAAGGCUUGAAGGAUCAAUUUUUAGCUCUAAAAUGGGUACAAGAAAACAUUGCACAAUUUGGUGGAGAUUCUAGGAAAAUAUCGAUAUUUGGAGAAAGCGCCGGAGCUAUGUCCGUUGAUUUCCACAUACACUCGUCACGUGAAAAAAUAUUCAGAAGUGCUAUACUAGACAGUGGUAAUUCAUUAGUAGCCACAUUUUCCGAACCAGAUAAAAAUGCUCCACUUAAGUUAGCGCAGUAUCUUGGCCUUGAAACAGAUGAUAUGGAUGACGCCAUAUCAUUUUUAGCAAAUUCUGACACAAAUUCUGUUAUCUUAGCAUCAGUAGCUCUAAAUUUUGACUUCAAACCUUGCGUUGAACAAGAAUUUGAUAACGUUGAUAGAUUUGUUACUCAAAAUUGGAUUAAUGCUACAUUACCAAAGAUUAGGAAUACGCCUAUACUGAUUGGAUUUAAUAGCCAGGAAGAAUUGAUGCAAAACACAUAUCAUGAUAAUGUUAUUAGGGAUAAACUUGCGAUAACUUUUGAUGUGGACGAUGAAGCAUUCGAUGGUAUGGAGGAGAUAGUAAGACAUUUUUAUAUAGGCGAUGAGCCGAUCACAGAACAAGUAAGAUGGGAUAUACUUAACUUCCAUUCUGACUUUAAAUUCAAUCAUCCUACUAUUAGGACAGUCAGGAAAUAUGUUGAAAAUGGAGCUAGCGAGGUCUAUCAAUUUUUGUUUUCCUAUGUUGGUGAAAGAAACUUGGCAUUCCAGUCAGAUAUCAUCAAAGAAGAGGCAGCUCAUGGUGAUGAGCUUGCAUAUUUGUUUGAUAUGUCUGCUAUUCCUAACCCUACUGCUGAAGAUCAACUUGUUAUAGACCGAAUGACCACUUUGUGGACAAAUUUUGUUAAAUACAGUGAUCCAACACCAGAGCUCACUGAUCUCAUCACAACCAAGUGGACUCCCAUCACUGAAGGUUCGUCACAAAACUACUUGGAGAUUUCCUCUGAGCUGAGCGCUAAAACUAGACCUUACAGCAGUAGAAUGACAUUUUGGUACUUGUUCUAUAAAAUAAACCAUAGAUUGCAAAGGGUUUACCCUGGGAAUAAUAUCGUAGUUUAAACUUUUUUACCAAAUUACUUGUUGUAGUUGUCUAUUCUCUCGCAUCUUUGCGUGUUCUUGGUUAUAUUUAAAGCUGUCACGCCCAAAAUCCAGGGUUCGCGGAAAAAAUAAAAGUAUUUUUUGCGCGAACCCUGCCUGACAUCAACCCUCUUUAGGAAUGCUAUUGUUGGCUAUAUUCUAUUAAGGCUGUGUGUCCCUUAGUCGCCUGGUACGACAUCCACGGGAGGAUAUGGAGUGGUCUUAUUCUAGGGCGGGACCACACGCCGCAAACUAAUGUUCGCGCAUAAUCAUUGUUUGCACCUAAUGAUUUUUAUAAAAGUAUUUUGACAGAACUCUUUUUUUUUGUUUAUUAAACGGACAAGCUGAA